ACGUCAGGACGGGACGCCCCCUUGCUGAGGCGGGCUGCAGCGAGUUGGAUCCCCACUCCAUGCGCACAGCACAGGGCGACCGGAUAACUGUCCACUUGUUGCGCCCCUAUAUUGAUUAAGACCGCAUGAGCCGCCACGAGCGAAGGGAGAUCAAACAUUGAGACGCACAUGGCUCGAUGACAUGAUGUUCCUGCCCUUCUCCCCUCUCCCCUCCUUGGCUCUCCCUUUUCUCCUCACUUUCCUCCCUCCUUCCCUCCUUUCCCCUUCCCUCUCUCAUUCCCCUCUGAGCUGGACCUCACCCCAUGACCCCUGCUACCACUUGGAUGGGCGUCCGCGACACUGCCUGUCGGAAUUCAUCAAUGCCGCCCACGGUGUCCCUGUCAGUACCGCCCACUCCCUUCGAGGACCCCCCGACCAGAAAGCUGUUAACGUCAGCUCCCUCACAGACCUCCACAACCCCCACAACUUGACCUGCUGGACGGCCCAGGCAGGAGGCCUCGACGGCGGGGACUGGGUCCUCACCCUUCCCCUGGGCCGACGCUUCGAGGUCACCUACAUCAGCCUGCAGUUCUGCCAGCAGGGGGAGCCGUCAGACCCCGUCUCCUUAUCCGUGCUCAAGUCCAUGGACCACGGGCGCACCUGGAGGCCCAUGCAGCACUACUCCAGCGACUGCCCCGGGAAGUUUGGGCUCCAGGCCCAGACGGUAGCCCAGACCAGGCACCAGGAGACGGAGCCUCUGUGCUCAGACCCCCGGCCCCUGCAGAGGCACCGGGGAGGCAUGUUGCUGGCCUUCUCCACCCUAGAUGGAAGACCCUCCUCUCCAGACUUUGACUACAGCCCCACCCUGCAGGACUGGGUGACGGCCACGGACAUACGGUUAGUGUUCCACGAGGUGACCCAGUCCCAGCAGACCAAGGUGGGGAGUUCGGAGGGGAAAAGUGGUGAGGUCGGUUGGGGGGAGGGAGCGGGUGGGGGGGUUCUGAGGUGGAGGGCAGGGUCGAAGAACGAGGCUGUGGUGGGACAGGUGGAUAAGGUGAAUGGGGACAACAAUAAAUGGGGGUUUGUGGAGAAGGAGAGAAGAAAGACAGAAAAACGAAGGAGGAACGGAGGAGGAUACAACAAAGGGUCGGGGGAUCGGGGAGAGGACGGACACAACGUGACCCGGAAGGAGGCAGAAGGAGACACUAUGGAAAUAGACAUCUCCAAAAGAAGAAACGGAAAAGGAAAAGGGCGUGGCCGCGAGAGGGAGGGGGGCCACCAUUGGAGUCCGUGUCAGGAAGGCAGCAUCUGUGAUUGGACAAUCGACAGCAAGCAGGGGAGAAUCAACAAGGGGCGGGAACUUCGGAGGAGGAGGAACAACCAACAGAACUCUAAAGUGAGAGCGAAUCGGAAUCUUGAGCUGGCUCCUCCCUCUCCAUUGAUCUCUGCCCCCCCUGUCCGGCCYGCUCUGGCCCUUUCCGACCUGCAGGUGGGGGGCAGGUGUAAGUGUAACGGACAUGCCUCUCGGUGUCGUCGUGAUGAUGCGGGCCGGGCGGUGUGUGUGUGUGAGCACCACACAGCAGGGGCGGACUGCGAUGUUUGUGAGGACUACUACUACGACAGGCCCUGGCAACGAGCCACGCCUAGUCAGCCACAACCGUGCRUCUUGUGUGAGUGUAACGGCCACUCCUCUAAGUGUCGGUUCAGCAUGGAGGUGUUCCAGCAGUCGGGCCGGCGCAGCGGGGGGGUAUGUCUGAAGUGUCGGCAUCACACAGCGGGGCGCCACUGCCAGUACUGCCAGAACGGAUACACCCGAGACCACAGCAAGCCCCCCACCCAUCGCAAGACCUGCCAACCAUGUCAGUGUCACCCUAUGGGUGCUGUGGGUCUCUGGUGUAACCAGACAUCGGGACAGUGUCUGUGUCGGGAUGGCGUGAUGGGACUGAGAUGCAACCGCUGCGCCCCUGGUUACAAACAGGGGCACUCCCCACUCCGCCCCUGCAUCCGAAUCCAGGAGUUGCCAACCCCCACCACACCUAGAACUGGUGGCCUGGAGACGUACUGUCUAAAGGACUAUGUGCUGAAGCUGCAGGUCAGAGGGAUGGAGCGUUCRGGCCCCUGGUGGCAGUUUUCUAUCUGGAUUCAGACUGUGUUCCGUACAGGGUCUUCCUCCAGCGUGCGUAGGGGCCCGCAGGCCCUGUGGGUUCCCGACCGCGACCUGGGCUGUGGCUGCCCCACMCUCCAGGUGGGCCGCACCUUCCUGCUGAUUGGGGCCAAGGAGGGGGGCCGGGGCCCCGAGGAGAGACGACUGGUGGCCGAUAGAUCCACACUGGCCCUCCAGUGGAGGGAGCACUGGAACCCCAAACUGAGAGGGUUCAGGGGGCAGGACAAGAGGGGCCGCUGCCCCACGGGUGGGGACCCCCACAGGGGCCACUUGAAGCACCAUCACUCAGAGUAUACACCACCUCACCUAGUGGUUGAGAAAGAGACAGUGGUUGAGGUGCACCCUGAACAUACAAACCCACACACACAUUCACAUCCACACACACCCUCAGAAUCCAUGAAAGACAUGGAAGAGGAGGCAGAGCACUCUGUGGCGCUGGACACACACACUCACACACAGUCCUCCUCACAUCACAGACCUGAGACCCCACAGGAACAGCAACAGGAACAGACUCCGUCUCCCUCCACGCCCAUUCUCAUGUGUUCCACCCCUGUCUGAAACACAGGAGGAAGAAGAGAGCGAAAGAACAAGGGGUGAAGAGAAGAAUAAAUCUGGCCAAAAUGGUCUUAAUCUUCACCUGGCACAGCCAGAAGAGGACUGGCCACCUCUCAGAGCCUGGUUCCUGCCUUUCUAGGGAGUUUUC